AUGGCGUCCUCCUCCUCCUCCCUCCGCGGCCUCCGCCGCCUCGCCGCGGCGACGCGCCGCCCCGCAGUCGUCGCCUCCGCCGCGCGAGCGAAAGCGACGCAGGCGAUGACCGCGUCGCACGCGCAGCAACUCUCGUCGAACGCGCAGGAAGAGCUCGACGCCAUGCCGUUCUGGGUGCCGUGGACGGGAAGCGCUCUCAAUCGCGCGCUCUCGCCGUCGCAGCUCGAGCUCUUCGCGUCCAAGUUUCUCGCCGCCGCGGCGUCGGCGUCGUGCGCGUCCACGCCGUCGAUGGCGGUGGCGGCGCUUCGAAAGGAGCGCGACGACGCGCUGACGCGCGCGCGGACGAUGGAGGCGUCGCUCGCAUCCUUUUCCCACCGCGCGUCCGACGCGGAGUCGAAACUCUCGCUCGCGAAACACGCGCUCGCGAGCGAGCUCGCGACACUUCGCGCGGACAAGGAAGCCGCGGAGCUCACCGCCGCAGACUACAGGAUCGCGCUGAACGCGUUACGGGAGGAAUCGCGAUCGCGGUCGACGACGGACCGAGACCGCGCCGACGCUGACGCCGCCGCCGUCGACGCGAGACUCGCAGAGGUUACCGACGCGCUCGAUCGCGCCGAGGCGAGGACGACGGCGGCGACGGCGCGCGCGCUCGACGCGGAGCACGCGCUCGCGUGCGCCCUCGAGGACGCCGCGAAGGCGAAGGCGAAGGCGAAGAGCGGCGCGGCGCAUCACGCGACGUACGGCGCGCUGCUUCACGAUUUCGGGUACAAGAGAGUGUACGCCACGCCGGUGACUUCGCUGACGUCCAAAGAACGCGUCGCGGUGUACGACCAACAGCGAGCGUUCCGCGCGGAGCGCGCGGAGACGAUCGCGGAGGAGAAGGCGAAGGAGGCGGCGGAGUUGUCCGGGGGCUUCUGCAUCCCCGGGGUCAUCUCCAUCGCGGAGGGCACCGCGAACGUCAAGGGCGGCGGCGCGCGGAAGAAGAAGGGUUCGAAGGAUUCGAGCGGCGACGUCGUCUCGGCGUCCAUCCUCGACGGGCAACACCGCGUUGGCGCGUUGGACAUCCUCCUCGCGCGCGGCGUCCUCAAACCCACCGACGCGAUCCUCACCGAGGUGUUCCCGAACGUGGACGACGUCCGCGCGGCGGCGUUGUUCACGGAGAUCAACGCCGCGACGCCGAUUCGGUUCAUGGACCUCCCCGGCGUCGUCGAGCCCGACGCGAAGUGGGCUCUGGAGGGCGCGGCGGCGAAACUCCGCGACGCGUAUCCCGCGAUGUUCUCCCCGAGCGUGCGGUGUAAGAUCCCGAACGUGAACAUCGACGCGCUUCGGGAGGAGCUCCACGGCGCGGAGGUGGGCUCGAGGCUCGGCCUUAUAACCGAGGACGACCUCGUGGGGUGGAUGCUGAAGGUCAACGCCGAGCUCGCGGAGCGGUCGGAGAAGCAGUGGCUGCGGCUGCGGCCCAAGCGCGGCCGCGCCGCGCGAGGGAGCGAGGAGACGUAUCUGAAGGCGCUCGCGAAGGCGAGGGAGCACGGGUUUUUCCUCGGCAUGUGCGACAGCUGGCUCGACGGGCCGGAGGACUGA